AUGGAGUGGACGCUCCGUGCGGACCUUUUGAUUCUCCAGAGCUCUCAGGCGUCGGUAGCCGAGCUUGAUUCUUCCCUACCAGACUCCGACGAAGCUGACAGCUCUGGUCGUCUCACCGGGAGUUCUGCUCGAAGUGAAAGCACAACCUCUUUUCCGCCAGGACGAUGGGCGCGUCCUAGCAAUCUGCAUCAAGUCUUCGAUAGGACCGGAGCUCCAUUGACUCCUUCGUGGACUGUCCUAGCAGAUCGGCCCUCUGACACUACUACCUUGACUUCCUCCACUACUCCCGAUGAUGACCUCACGAACGAUGCGCAGACACAUUCAUUGACUUCCAAUGCUUCUAUCCCACCACACUCCUCCGCUCCUAUUCCGAGCAGAACAGCUCCCAUCUCUGUCAACACAUCGACUCCAGUCCUCGGCCCAUCAGCCGCCCUUUACCCCAAGCCAAGUCCCAAUUCCAGCCUAGGGAUCAUCGAUACGGAUGCUUGGAUACACGAAAUCUUUUCGUCAGCAGAGGGACGGCCCUACGAUCGAGACUGGACAAGCAAACACAACGUCAGCGAAGACAUUCUCAUGGAGGUUCCGAGCAAGCACAAGAUUAAACCUCCUCGUCAGACGCGGUGCCGUGGUGGUAAGGCGACAAGGACCUACCGAUUCCUACCGGCAGAACCUAUGCGUGGGAUUUGUGCCCACUCGAGCGGCGUCCCGCGGCAUUCUCUGCUCAAUGCGAGGUCCCAAAGACUUCAUCAGCGGCAGGAACGAGGAGCACGCAGCACGAUACGAUCACGCAGUUCCAGUAGGAUAGAAGGAAAUGAGGCGUGUAUCGAGUAUUGGCCGGGAUUUCGGGACUUCCUUCGACGUCAGACAAGCACACCAGGUGUGGGAAGACCAGAAACCGAGAUCAGAUACUUGGCGACCGAGCUGGGCGAAGAGGCGCAGGGUCAGUGGAGGAAUGCUUUCGGUGGGGGUGGUUGUGGGGAUUUGGACGAUCGAGGUGCUGGGAAGCUGAGGCCAGCUUUUUCUAUCGGGCGCGGUAUGCAACAUCGAUGUCUCGCGAAGAAGUUGCCGAGAUGGAGAAGGUGUCAUGGGGGGACAGAGAUCAUGGAGGCAUGA